AUGUCCAAGUGGAAAAAUAAGGACUUGGAGGAAAUCGCAGUGCCGGUAGCGUUUGCACAUAUGGCGCAAAUCGAUAACAGUUUGUUGCGAUGGGUAUAUACCACCAACAUAAUAAGCCGCAACUUAUUACAACAACAACUGCAGGCUCACGCUUUUAAGAAGCGUAGUAUGGAGGACGAUGCAACUGGCCCAGAGCGGAAGAAGUCCAAAUUCCAAAUUAAAUGUCACCAAUGCGGAAAGAUUGGCCAUAAAAUUGCAGAAUGCCAGCAAAGGGGAAAGAACGCAAAAGGAUACACUCCCAAGGGGAGCAGCAAUGGUGUGAAAGACCGAUCCAGUCGAUGCUUCAAGUGCAGCGAAAUGGGAUAUUUCGCUACUUCGUGUCCUAAAAUCCGAACCAGUGGGAAUGAGCAGAAUUAUGAAAAGAGUGUGGACAUUUGUACUGUAGCUCCGCCAAAGGGAAUAAUUAAUUUAUCAG